GCCACGGGGAAAGGGGAGGGUUGGAGGAAGGACGGAGAACUCAGGCCGAGGGCUUCAGAGAGGAGGCUGGUGCGCCUGCCCCGGAGCUCCCCGCACUCAGCCGGAGCCUCCACGCUCGGCGCUCAGCGAUGGCCCGGGGGCGGGGCUCGGCCCUCCCCGGUUCUCAGAGGUAGCAGGGAUCCUCACCCAGGAGGUGUCAGCCCAGGCCCAGCCUCCCCAGAGACAGCACCCGGAGCCUCAGCUCUCCUCACCCUGCUCGGACCCUGCCACAGCCAGCAAUAUGCUUUUGGAGAGUAAGAAGUAGGAGACAGAGAAGAUAAAAGAAGAUAAAAACCUACUGCGCUUCCAAAGGAACCGCCUACAGCCAUAGCAGAUUGCUGGGACCAUUUGGGCUUUCGGGACCCUGGACCAGGCCCUGGCCCAGUAGGAUGCCCCCGUGUCCUCCCCAGCAGAGCAGGAACAGGGGGACACAGCUGCCCACUCCGGAGCUGGGUGAGAUGGAACUGACUUGGCAAGAGAUCAUGUCCAUCACUGAGCUGCAGGGCCUAAAUGCUCCAAGUGAGCCAUCGUUCGAGCCCCCAGCCCCAGUCCCAUACCCUGGGCCCCUGCCUCCUCCAACUUACUGCCCCUGCUCAAUCCACCCGGAUGCCGGCUUCCCCCUGCCCCCACCACCUUAUGAGCUCCCAGCACCUACAGCUCAUGUCCCAGACCCCCCAUACUCUUAUGGCAACAUGACUGUACCAGUCUCCAAGCCACUGGCCCUCUCGGGCCUGCUCAGUGACCCCCUCCCAGACCCCUUGGCCCUCCUGGACAUUGGGUUGUCAGCAGGGCCAUCCAAGCCCCAAGAAGACCCAGAAUCUGACUCAGGAUUAUCCCUCAACUAUAGUGAUGCCGAAUCUCUUGAGCUGGAAGGGACGGAGGCUGGUCGGCGUCGCAGCGAGUAUGUAGAGAUGUACCCAGUGGAGUACCCCUACUCACUAAUGCCCAACUCCUUGGCCCACCCCAACUAUGCCUUGCCACCUGCUGAGACCCCCUUAGCCUUAGAGCCCUCCUCAGGCCCUGUGCGGGCCAAGCCCACUGCACGGGGGGAGGCGGGGAGCCGGGAUGAGCGCCGGGCCCUGGCCAUGAAGAUCCCCUUCCCCACCGACAAGAUUGUCAACUUGCCGGUAGAUGACUUCAAUGAGCUGCUGGCGCGGUAUCCGCUGACGGAGAGCCAGCUGGCACUAGUCCGGGACAUCCGAAGGCGGGGCAAGAACAAGGUAGCCGCCCAGAACUGUCGCAAGAGAAAGCUGGAGACCAUCGUGCAGCUGGAGCGGGAACUGGAGAGGCUGGGCAGCGAGCGGGAGCGGCUUCUGCGGGCCCGAGGGGAGGCCGACCGGACCCUGGAGGUCAUGCGCCAACAGCUGACGGAGCUGUACCGUGACAUUUUCCAGCACCUGCGGGAUGAAGCAGGCAACGGCUACUCCCCUGAAGAGUAUGCACUGCAACAGGCUGCUGAUGGGGCCAUUUUCCUGGUGCCCCGGGGGACCAAGAUGGAGGCCACAGACUAAGCUGGCCAAAGGGGUGGGACUGGUGAUGGAGAUUUCCUGCCUUCUCUUCUGAUAAAGGUGCUCCCCAACCCCAAGGCCCAGAAGGAGCUGAAUUCUGUAGACCAGAAGGGGAUAACAAUGGGAAACCUGGCAUUUGGAAGGUCCAAGGUGUGUUCCAUGAGGCUUGCCUGGAGGCAAGGAUGUGAGGGGAGGGCUGGAAUCUCUCUUCCGUGAUUCAGGUAUCUGAUCUCUUGUUUGAAGCUUUGGUGUAUAAAGCACUCUACUGAAACAGA